AUGGCGGCGAACUUGUUGGAAGACAGUUUGCGAUCGCUUCACAAUCUUCAUCAAGACGCGGGUGGACGUGCCAAAGAACAAAUUGACACUGUUGUUGGCGACAUCGUACAGAUAUGCUUAAACGAAUUAUCGGAAAAGGAUGUCGACUAUUGCUGCUCUGUGCUGUUUGACAAGGAAAUUGGAGUGGUCAAGUUUUUGCAGAAAGUCAUCACUGCUGAAGAGUUCCAGGGAUGCAAGGCACAGCUACUAGACUUGCUGGCAGGCUUUACAGAGAAAGUAGGGAAGAAGAUCCUUUAUUAUGCUGUGGAUAUCAAGGAAAUCAGUUUCUCGCUGUUUAUGUGAGACAGGUUUGCCAAAGUUAAGAAUGCAGCAAUACCUGUUCUUAUCAAGCUCCUGGAGGUUAGUGCAGGGUCAGCCAUGGGGGACCAGCUGAAGGUCAACAAGCUCACUGAGAAGCUCUUCAUGGAGCUAACCAAGAGCGCCAGUAAACUACAGGCAUCAGUGAAGGCAAAUGUCUACCAGCUGCUGGGAGUUAUAUCUGAGGUGUAUCGGAACUGAUGGCAGACUACUUUCGGAGGAGAGCUGGUCGGGCUGUAUGUGAAUGCCCUGAAAGCUGAGAUGGAGUCAAAGACCCGCAAACCAGAAUUACCAGUUAUAGCUGGGUGUUUGGAAGGACUGACAGCCUAUCUUGUUAACUUCACACAGUCAGCAGAGGAAGGAUCAAAACACAGCUAUGCAAUCUUCAAAUAUGCCCGUAUGGCUAUUGACCCUGGGAUCAGUUUCUCCAGAUAUGAUGUACCUCGAGGUGGUCUCCGACUGUUUGGUAAACACUGUGGGCAGUUCAACCAGUUCAUCAUGGACGACUACCAGGGGAUGUAUGAGAAGUUUCUCAGCUGGAACCGGCACCACAAUCGAGAACUGGCAAAUCUCGGCAUGAUGGCCAUGGAGUCUUUCCUCAAACAGGUUGCGGAGAUGUUAGUUGUCCGUGCCCAGGAAGGGAAGAAAGAGGGAGCUGUGUUCAAGUUUUUCAUCCAGCAGUUCCGUAACAUCAUGAAUGAUAACAAGUCAAGCUCCAAGCAAGUGUCCCUGGCUAUCAGGGGAUACGGCUUGUUGGCUGCACCAUGUCGUUCCUUCCUGUCUCCGUCUGAUGUUCAGUUCAUGUUCAGCGAGAUGAUCAGCAAGUGUGAACAGCAGUUCCUUGGACAAGUGGAGGAUCUGGAGGACAGGAUUGUCUCCCUUCCCAGCUACCUGGAGGCCCUGGCUUACAUAGUGAAGGAGGUGGACCAGGUGUCGGACACCUAUGCUGCCACCCUAGAACACCUGCUGGUCCUACUGCUGGAGAACUUCCCACAAGUGCAUCCUAAGCUUCGCUUCAUCUGCCAGAAGUCCAUGCUGCAGGUUUUACUGGCUCUCAUGGCGAAAGGAACAACUUUCCAGAAGGUUCUCUCAGGCAUGGUAUAUCAAGGCCUCAUCCGUACCUGCUCCCAUCCAGUCAGUUUGGACACUGAGCAGACGGAGGAGCAGACGCCAGAUGUAGCGGAGAAGAAAGUGUCAUACAAGGACUACAUUGAGCUGUGGCAGACUCUGCUGAACAGUGCCAGAAUCAAGGCCUUUGCAAGUGAGGACAUCAGCAUUGCUGACCGUCACCGGCUGACUGAGGCCAUGUAUGAUGAACUGAUGACCUCCACAAUAAAGAUCCUCAACAAACUCGACCUGUCAUCAGCUGCCCGAGAAGCAGCAGAUGGACUCGGCGAAGUCCUUCGCUCGCGGAGUCGGGUUGGAGGUCUCCGCAGGAGUUCUCACCCACUCCGGACGGGGCGGAGAGUCCGGGCAGGGACCCAUGAGGUACAGCGAUCCCUGGACCAUAUCGCUACCCUCUCAGAUGCGUCAUCUCUACAGUCGUCACAGACAUUCAACCCCGGGGCCUUCAUGCAGCAAUUCUCUCAACAAAUGAUGGAAAUGAUGGAGAAGUGCUUCGCGCAGGAAAGAACAUCGCAUGAUGGACAGCCAGGCGGCUCUCAUCCCCAAGUCAUCAACCUCAGAGAGGAUCCAGUUCUGCACGAAGGACCCCACACUGAUGAUACAUCUGAGAGGCCUACCAGAGGAUCUAGCUCUAGGACUAAGAGCAGACCUACACUGCAUGACGUCAGCAAACCUGAAGAGAAUGAAGCAUUUACGUACCUAAUGAAGGACGAUGAUGUGGACACUAUCACUCUACCUUCAAUUGACCCGGUCUCGGACGUACCAGAGGAUCUUGACGCAGCCUUUAGAAAGGCAACUAAGUUCCAGUCUCCAAAUAUCCCACAGUUCAACACAAAAAGCCUAAAGGACGAAGCUGCGGGAGCCUAUACGAAGGAACUCGUCAGCAUGGAGGAAGAGAUCUUCGCCGGCGGAAAGACUGAGGGACACGUGUUGAAGUUGAACAAGAGGGAUCUUCAGGUAUUCACAUUGGCGUGGUUCAGCAGCAGCCUUGCUAAGGCUAUGAAGUUACAAAGUCAACAUAUUCCCAACGUUCAAGGUUGGGAAUUCCCGCUACUUUACAUGGGACCCUGCAUAAAGGCUCCAGAGAUUGAUGUAAACUACAAAAUCAUCAACGACUCCCUUUGUAGAACUUACAACAAAGUUGAGCAUCAAAUCUACAAGGACCUGUGUAUUUCAACACAAAGAGGUUCCAGGAAUCCUCUUGUGUCUGGCUUCUACAAGAUGCUGGCCGUUGCAAUGAAGAUUGGGAACAAACUAGACUAUUUCAAGAAUGUGGCUCCAGUGUCUCCGGUGAAGUCUGCUGAUGCCAUGGAUGUCGACGAUGGCCCUGGGGAGGGACCCCAGCAGAAGGAUGUCAGCUACCAGCUCAUGAUGAAGUUCUCUAAGGAGGUGUUGGUGAGGAUGAAGCAGUACCGUGAUGACCUCCUGGCUGCCUGCCUCACCCUAAUCCUUGCUCUGCCCAAGGAGAUUAUAGCAGAACAAAUGACUGAGAUUGUUCCAGCCAUUCAGGUGACAUUGACCUUGGGCCUGAGUUAUCUCCCCUUGGCAGCUAUUGGCCUUGAUGCACUUGAGUACUGGAGUUCUCACCUUCCGGAGAGAAUAUUACACCCUCACUAUAAGGACAUCCUGCCUUUCCUGGACAACUACAUCAGAACUGUUGACAAAGGUGCUGAAGAGGUAAAUGUGGACAGUACAGUAACAGUGAAAUCCUCUAAAUCCAAGCGAGGACGGAAGGUCACCGUGAAGAAGGUGAAGGACAAGAAAAUGGCGAAUGAUAAGGGCUAUGAGUCUCAGCUUGCUGUCAUCAAACAGAGGGUCAUGCUCUACCUGGGAUCCCUUGGCGGUGGCAUCAACCAUGCCCUCCUGUCUCGUGCUGACGAAGAGAUCAGCAAGCAGGCCAUAGCCUGGGACACAAAGCAGCACCUCAAGUUUGACAUGCCCUUCAUUGACAUGAAACCAACUAUAUACUUUGACCAGUUCCUGCCUCACGUGGUUGAGCUGGCCACCAAGUCCGGGGACCGGCAGACCAAGGUGGCAGCUUGUGAGCUCCUCCACUCCCUGGUGCUGUACACUCUGGGCCGGGGUGCCAGCCUCCCGGGGGACAAGCAGAAGAAGAUGCCCAUGGACCGACUGUACAAGAAGCUGUUCCCCUCCAUCCUACAGCUGGCCUGUGACGUGGAGCUGGUAGCCAGGCAGUUGUUUGAACCCCUGACCAUGCAGCUGAUCCACUGGUUCACCAACAACAAGAUGUCGGAGAGUGUGGAAACCAUGGCACUGCUUGAUACCAUCUAUGAGGGCAUCAUUCAGGCGACAGACACGGCUCUCCGGGACUUCAGUGCCCGUUGUCUGCGGGAAUUUAUGAAGUGGUCCAUCAAACAAACCAAGAAGGGCAUGGAGAAGAGUGCUGUAAAUGCUAAGUCAGUGUUGAAGCGUAUGUUCAGUUUUGCCAUACAUCCAAGUGCCUUCAAGAGACUUGGAGCUGCUCUCGCAUUCAAUAACUUCUAUGCAGUGUUCAGGGAGGAGCAUGCCUUGGUGGACAGGUUCACUUUCCAGAUCCUGGUGCACUUUGUGGAGAGUCUCAGUAUUGCACACUCAGACCAGGCGUCUCUUGGUACAAGGGAACAGUGUGCUAAAGCUUUGGAACAUCUGGAGAAGAUCAUCAAAGGUCAUGUUGACAUGUUGAAAAAAGAAAGCAAGCAACGAGAAGAACCAAGGGAAUGGAGCAAGAAGACUCUGGACAUUGCUGUGCGCUGGCUGACCAGGCAGUGUGGACGUCCGCAGACAGACUGCAGACAUUCCUGCAUGAAACUCGUGGUCAGUCUAGCACCACUGAUUCCAGGUAUCAAGGCCGCUAAGACCUACUUCCAGACCUUUCUCAAGUCCAAGGAAGGGCCACUCUAUUUUCUGUCCAGGUUUGAGGGAGGCAACCAGGCCGAGUAUGGCAAGAUGGGGCUGUCUAGCUGCCCCCUGAUGGAGGACAUCACGGACACAUUCUCCGUCUCGGCUGCUGUCAGCUGGUUCGACAUGCUCCUGGCUGCACUGGACUGCUACACCUGGGUCUUUGGGGAAGGCUUCCUAACACCAGAAGAAUUGUUUGGAGGCAAAUCCCGGUCUCAUGUAUUCUCCAGUAUCCAGUACUUCUGUGAGAAGCUAGCCCUGGCUGACAUCCAGGCAGCCUCCCAACUGUUCAAGCAUCAAUCAACAGCAGACUUCUUCACCCCCAGGGAAACAGAUGACUACAACAGGGCCAAGUGCACAGUGAUGGUCAGAGUGUGGAACCUGCUGACAGUCAUGUAUGGAGCCCAUGCCAAGCAUGCUGCUAAGGUAAUCCCUGAGUCAAUGCUGAACCAGUCCCUGUGGGCGCUGCUAUGUAGAUGUGUGGUACAACCCAGCUCGGUCGGCUUCAAUAUGGGAGAUAUUGAAAUCAUGAACAAACUGCCAAAAGAGAUGGAGCAGGUGCUUGUAGUAUUCAAGCAGUUCCUUCCUCCCAACCACCUGAAACAGUUCAAACUGACACUUGGAGAACAACUCAAGGGAGACAGAGACGUGGUGGGGUUGUUGCCGCUGUCGUUCACCGAUGCCGGUGUUGACCACACAGGUGUCCAGCAGCUGGUGGCCGGGUACACGCAGCUACAUAAACAUGGCCUGCUGAUGGAAGCAAUCAAACAUGGCGGAGAUGCAAACAAACUGGCCAAGAAGGUCAUGCAAAAUGUGUACCAGGGAGUCAUACAGAAGACAGGCAGCCAGAACUCAUCUGUCAGCCUCACACCGACAGCCCUCUCCCUGGCUAGAUCUCUCCUCCAACUGGCCUUCCAGCUGGGUCUGCCGGAUGACAGUCUGGUUGAAUCACUCUUGGAGAGCAAGUUUGUGCUGGGACUUAGCCAAGGUUUGGAGCAGAGUCAUGGGGACCUGUUCUUCACGAUGUUCAAAACACCCAUCAGCGCCCACUUAGCUGAGAGAGCAGACGAGAUACUGGUUCUCCUGGCCAAGCAUGCAGCGACUGAGCCUCGCAGAGUGAGCAGUCUGUUGGUCAGCAUGGUGGAUCACGUGGUCAAGGACAGGGCACUCCGCAAAAAGGAGGGUGAACGUGUGCUGUCUGCCAUCCUGAUGCAGUGGGAGCGUUUCCGGCCGUGGGUGUUCAACAAGGCCACAGCUGACCAGCAGGAGGUGAUCAUCAUGCUGCUGACUAAAAUGCUGCAGGUGGACAGUAAACUGGCCUCGGAUACAUCACACCCAGCGUACACCACCAUGUUUGAGAUGUAUGUGACCAUGUUGACAGACAGCAGGACCAACUUGGCCUUUAAGAAUCGUGUGUUGGAUUUGCUCCCGUUCUUCUCUGUUGUUGGUGAACCCCACAUAUCUAACCUCAAGAAGAGUCUGGAUAGAUUUGUGGCUGACCAUUUCCCACUGAAGAGUUCUGAGUUUGCAAAGGGGAGUCCAAAAUACAAUGACUACAUUGUAUCCAUAGACAAGCUUCUGGUUGGUCUGGAGCUGUCUGGGAGUCCACUGCUGCUGGAGCUGAUAAUCAGCAUCUUCUGUCGGGAGAGUCACCACGCACACGAGGAGCAGAUACAGGCCACCCUUGUCAGGUUCAUCAAACGGUUGCCAGGAGACAAGCAGAAGGUGGUCCUGGAUGUGCCACUCAAGAUCUUCCAGAAGGAAGGAAGUUUCCCAAAUGAGAUCCGCCGUGCUACCAUCGAGCGUGUGUGUCUACCAAUGCUCCGGUUAUGCCAGAAGUCUGCCUUCAUCGAGUUCUACCUGGACCACAUUGGAGAGAUUAUGAAAGUAGUUGAGACAAAGUUGAUCAAGACCGCAUCAGAGAUGGAGACCCAGCUGACCAGCAAACAGUGCUGCUUCCACCUGCUGGAGAUCCUGUACUCACGCAUGUCCAAGGAUGAGAUUAACACCAAGAACUCCAUCAUCAACGACAAGUUCUGCUCAGGAAAUGCCACAACGGGCAAAGAGCUUACACAGAAGAUAAUCAAAGCUGCUCAGGAAGCCAAGACUGAGGAUGUGAGAGGAGAGACCAUGUUGGUGGAACAGCGUCGCCUGUAUCACUGUGCAGCUUACAACCUGCUGAUAGCCGUCAUCUCCCGCACACAGUCAGAUGUCAAGUUCUUCAAAGGAUUCCUGUUUAAUGAUGAUGAAGCAAAGGGGCAGUUCCUGCUGGACAACAUUGUGGACAAGGAGAGGACAUAUGAAUUCACUGUGGAGCUGCAGAACCCACUUGAAAGGAAGAAAAAGUUUGUGUCAAUCCGUAAUGAAGUUAAGGAGAAACGUGCCGACGAGGAAGACGACACAAGCAUGACGUACGGUUCCUCGUACCACCUGGCAUCUCAGUAUCUGGCUGACAGCAGCCUCAGUGAAGAUGUCAGCCAGUACGAUUUCUCCAUGUCUGGAUCAGCUCAGAGCAUGACCGGAGACAGAUCAAGGGGUAGAGGUCAGGUCAAGAGGAAGGCCAGCUACACUGAUGUCGAGGAGGAAGGGAACGUGACUGUCGAGGACGACUACGUGGAGCUGGAGAUGGAUGAACUAAACAAGCACGAGUGUAUGGCAGGUGUCAUUGCCUUGCUGAGACACAUGCAGAGGGCAGAGAUCACACCUCCAGUAGCUCAGGGUACUUUGCCCAAGGAGAUGCCUUCCUGGAUGAUUUACCUCCACAACAAGAUGAUGAAGGCCACAGUGCACAGUAACAUCAAACUGUUCAUAGCUAAGCUCAUCAUCAACACAGCAGAUCUAUUCCAGCCGUACGCCAAGUUCUGGCUGCGGCCCCUGUGCCAGUUCCUCUUCACUGACACAGUCAUGUCUGGGGGCAUCAACUUCUUCAUCGUGGACCUUGUUGUCACCAUGAUGUCCUGGCACACCACGGCUAUACCGCAGGAUUCUGCAGAGGAGAAAGCUAUGGCAUCUCGCCUUGUGGAGUUCCUCACAGCCAACAUCCACCAUGACACCAGGUUUGUGUUCAGGAACAACCUGGACCUGCUGAAGACCCUCCUGGAGUGCUGGAAGAGCAGAGUAGACAUCCCCUAUCAUGUUAUAUACAAGCAGCUGAAGACGUCUGACCCAAAGUCCAAGGACAGCCAGACUGGGAUUCAGGUGCUUGGAGUUGUCAUGGCCUGUCAGUUCUCACCAUACGGGCCGUCUGCUCCUGUGGACAGAGACAAAUACUUUAGUGCUGUUGUCAAUGCUAUGGGCAACCAUUACAAGGCUACAUACGCUUCUGCAGCAGAAGUUGUGGGGAUGAUCUUCAAGUACUUGGCUGACAAGGAGAAACAGACUGAGGGCUCCUUCCAUGACCAUGUGGUUCACUUCAUGUCCUCCAUACAACAGGGCAAGCCAGACAACUUCAUUGUGUGUGUCCACCACAUGCAGAGGCACUACCCCGCCAUUGCUAACAGAUUCCUGAACCGACUACUGUUUAUGCUGCCAAGUCUACAUGGAGAAUUCCGCACACAAUGUCUGGAAGUGAUACACAGUGGGAUUGACCAAGUGGAGAAUGUCUACCUGGAGCUCCAUAGUAAAGGCCUUCUCAAAUUCCUCACACACAGGGAUGAGGACACCCAGCAGAUCUCCCUGAAGAUUGUGAAGUCCAUCGCAGCCAAGUUAAAGCCCGAGGAACUGUCCAAGCUGAUGUCUGCUGUGUGUAGCAUGAGUCAGCACCCCAGCACUGUCUGUCGUAACACCAUGUACGACAUACUCAUGUGGAUAUACGACAACUACAGAGAAGAUGAGUCAGAGGAGGGUCACCAGAUCAUGCAGCAGACGAAGGAGACACUGCUUCGGGGACUGGGAGAUGAGGACCUACAUUGCCGACUGCUAGUGCAGAACUUCUGGAGCAGUGAGACCCGUCUGCCCACAGGAACCCUGGACCGGAUGGUGGCCAUGUUAGAGGCCAUGUACUCCCCCAGCACAGAGCAGCAGUACCUCAGCUAUUCCACCAACCUCCUGCUGGAGAUGACCUCCAAGAGCCCUGACUACCAGAGGGAGAUAUUUGAACAUGCUCUGUCAGAGUGCACGUUUCAGGACUACUCCAUCCACUCCUCCUGGAGACAGCGCCAUGCCGUCAUGACGCCGCUGUUCGCUAGCACCCAGGCUAGUCAGACAAUGGAUGCCUCCAUGAUGGAGGACAGUCUGGAUGGAGGAGUCCGAGCUACUAUGGAUGCUGCUCAGUUCACUCAAACACAGGAAGCAGGGUCCCGGGCCCCAUUCAACUGGCUGACCCAGAGCAGCCUGGACACCUUCUCUGAUGCCUUCACCCUGGGGGGAGAGACCCAGACUCAGAGCUCCCUGCUCUUCUCCGUGGGCGGGGCUGAUAGUCGGACCAAGUCACGACGACCACGGUCCAAGGGGCCAGGACCAGGAUUUGGCCAGAGACCAGGUCCUUCUCGACCAACACCAGGAGCAGAUGUCAAAAAAGAAGGCCCAGAGUCUAGUCAGCAGAGUGACAUUCUGAGACUGAAGCGCCGAUUCCUGAAGGACCAGGAAGCAUCCAGGCUGUAUUUUGUGAAGAAGGCAUCAAGGAUGAACAAGAUGAGAGAGACUGCCCGCCAAGAGCAGCAGAAGCGUCGUGAGAACCAGGUGACGAUGUACCGCAAGUACCGUAUCGGAGACCUGCCGGACAUACAGAUCAAGAACUCCUACAUUAUAGCACCCCUGCAGGCAGUUGCCCAUCGAGACAGCACCGUGGCCAGAUUACUGUUCUCUUCCCUCUUUAAAGCGAUAUUUGCCAAGAUGGACACUGUGAAGACUGAACGAGAGAUUGAGGAGAUGACUGAGCAAAUCAACAAGAGUCUGGACUUAAUCUUCACUCUGUCCAGCCAGUACUUUCCUCCAUUUCUCUCUUGUAUCAUGGAUAUCCUGUACGACCUGAGGACCACGCUGAAGGUGGAGCCAGCCAACCUCGGAGUGUGUGCUGUUAUCAGCAACCUGCAGCCCCUAGGGCUAACUGUAAUGGAGGAGCAGUUGAUCCAGUGUAACACCGAGGAAGCUCGGCCCACUAAACGUGGCAAGAUGGAGGCCACAACCGUCUCUCUGGACACCAGUCUGUGGAUAGAGAUGGCCAGACUGUACAAGUCCGUGGACGAGAACGAGUACGACGUUCUUCAGGGGAUCUUCAGCGGCAAGAUCAAGACCAAACCCAUCACCAGCAAGGCUCUAGAGGCCGAGGCUAGAGGGGACUACCAGGGAGCCAGGAAACUCUACGAGGAGGCGUUGUCGUGUAAUGAUUGGAAGGGAGAAGACCCAACUGAUGCUGAGGUGGAUCUGUGGGAAGAUGCCAGGAUGGAGUGUUUGGACCACUUGACUCAGUGGGAUGCUCUACAAGAGAUCUGCAACAACGGCAUCGACAGCACUGGUACGGGAACACUCAGCAAUGUUUGGGGGGUUCAGGAGCACUACCUGCCCUACCUGCUGCGCAGCAAGUUGAAGCUGAUGCUGCAGGGAGAUGAGAAUCAGCAGUCUUUCCUCACCUUCAUCGAUGAUGCCAUGAAGGAGGUGGAGAGGAAGACACUCUUGGAGAGUCACUACUGCUUUGAGCUGGCGCUGAUGUACCUGUGGCAGGAGGACUACGACAGAUCCAGGCAUUACUCCACCAUGGCGUCACAGAAAUUCCUACAGGACUGGAGCAGUACAGACACACUGAUGGCCUCCAGUCGGACAUGUCAGCUCCAAAGACUGCAGCCUCUCAUGGAGUUGCAGGAGUUCCUCACAUUCCGCAGCAAAGAAAGCAACUUUUCAUCAACUGGUCCUGCCCGGCACCUGGCCCAACAAUGGGAAGGUCGAGCCCCUCAUCUUCUCCUUGACUCCACAGACACCUGGGAUGAUGUCAUCACCAACAGGAAUGUCUUCCUGGACCUGAUCUGUAACCGCCUGGCACAGCAGACUAUGAAGAACGAUUCCAUGGAGGAAAUGAUGGAGGAGGACAUGUUUGAGGAUACCAAACUGAGGCUGAAACUGGCAAUGGCUGAGAGUGCACGGGAUCAGAACAACUUCACACUGACGCUCCGGAUACUGAAGGAGACUCACGGGCGAUGUAAGCGUAGUGGUGAUGAGAGACACCUGGUGGAAUGGACUCACCUGUACGCCAGCACACACCACAGGAAGUCUACCAGCUCUCUGGAUCAAUGGACCGACGACACCUUCAACAAUGUACUUACCACCCUCGAUCAACUAGGCCUUCCAGCUGCUGGGGAUGGACUCGUCACCCUGGGGGACAUGAAGGACCUCAGUCAGAAGACCAGCGAUAAACUCUUUGAAUACUCUGGAGGGAAGAAACUUUCUAUAGAAGAGACGAAGGACAAGUUAAUUGAGCGGGGAUACCGUGAGAUCAAGACAUCUGUGAGUGUUGACAAUGAAAGAGAGGUCCGCCAGUCCAAGUAUGGCUGCGAUGAGGCGUAUCUGGCCAUGGCUAAAUACUGUGAUAAAGUACUGAGGGACCUGGAAGAUGAUGAGGGUGAUCUGUCGCCGGCGGUAGUGAAAGCGUUCCCAGACACGGUGGUGGUCUGCAUGCUGAAGGCCAUGAAGCUAGGGUCUGUGGAAGCUAGGGAGAGAUUCCCUCGACUCAUGCAGCUUGUGGAGUACUACCCCGAAACCAUGGCAACAUUCAGAGAAAAGAGUCAGGAGGUGCCCAGCUGGAUGUUCAUUCUGUGGCUGGCCCAGAUGAUGGCACUGCUGGACAAGAAGGAGGCCCCAGCUGUACAACCCAUCGUUAUCAGCCUUGCCACAGACUACCCACAGGCUGUCAUUUACCCCUUCAGGAUAAGCUGUGAAGGGUUUACGUUUGGGAAAACUCCCCAGGAUGCUAAGAACAAACAGGCAGUGGAAGAGAUUUCCUCUCUUCUGACUGAAGACAGAGUGCCACUGGUGUCGAAAUUGAUCAGUGCUCUCAACCAGUUUGGUCAACCAGAAAUGCUGUUUAAGGACUGGUCGACAGACAUGAGCAAGCUGCUUCAGUCCAGCAGGAAGACCAAGGAGAAGAUCCUGGAUAUGUACCAGGAAAUGUAUGAAGGUCUGAUUGAAAACAAGACCUCAGCAUCAUCAGUGGAACCCUCCGGGACACAGCUGUCUAUACUGACCAGCACAAGUUCCGUUGGCUUCGGAGAGUAUCGCAGAAAAUUUGCAGAUAAAUUCAAGAAAGAUAUGGAGACUCGCUUCGGGAAGGGAGGAAGUAAAAUAGUCAGCAUGAGCUAUAAGGAAUUUGGGAAAGUUGUGAAAGGUUUUAAUGAUGAGUUUGACAAGUUGAAAGAAGGACGUGGCGCUAUGCUGAUACCCCCUACUACACUGAGGCUGUACUGCCAGUGGAUGUCAGACUUCAACCCCAACAGAGAGAGCCGGGACCUCGAGAUCCCAGGUCAGUAUGACGGACUGUCCAAACCUCUACCAGAGUACCAUGUCAAGGUGGCUGGAUUUGAUGAACGAGUUCUGGUGAUGUCUUCAAUUCGUAAGCCGAAGAGGAUCACAAUCCGAGGUAAUGAUGAGAAGGACUAUCAUUACCUGGUGAAAGGAGGGGAAGAUCUCCGUCAGGACCAGAGAAUCGAGCAACUGUUUGUUAUCAUGAACAAAGUGAUGGCCAAGGAUCCUGCAUGUCGGCAGCGGAAACUGAAGCUCAAGACGUACCAGGUCAUUCCCAUGACACCAAGGGUGGGGCUCAUCGAGUGGAUGAACAACACAUGCCCUCUGAAGGAUUUCUUGCUGGACGCUCUUACUGAUGAUGAGAAGAAAUUUAUUAACUCUGACCAUGGACCAAUUAAAGUCCACCAGCGCUGGACAGGCAAGUUUUUUGAUGCCAAGAAGGGUGUGGCUAACAUGUACUCUCAUGUGUAUAUGAAGUACAACAAGACGGAGACCGAACGAGAGUUCAGAAUGAAGGAGAGCAAAGUACCCUGGGAUCUCUCCAGACGUGCAUUCCAUCAGAUGAGCACCUCGCCUGAAGCAUUCCAUGUCUUGAGAUGUGGACUGGCAACGUCCCAUGCAGUCAUCAGCAUCUGUCAGUACAUCCUCGGCAUCGGUGACCGGCAUCUUUCCAACUUCAUGGUCAAUCUCAAGACCGGUCACAUGGUUGGGAUUGACUUCGGACAUGCAUUUGGUUCAGCUACUCAGUUCCUGCCUGUGCCUGAGCUGAUGCCGUUCCGACUGACCCGCCAGAUCGUCAACGUCAUGCUGCCGCUACAGGUGAAGGGUCUUCUGGAGAACACUAUGGUCCAUGUCCUCCGUGCCCUCCGCAACGACUACGACCUCUUGCUCAGCACCAUGGACGUCUUCGUCAAGGAGCCGUCAGUGGACUGGAUGCAAUUUGCAGAGAAACAAGAUCAGGCAGGGAUGAGAACCGAAGAUGCUGAUGUGGAUGCAGCAUGGUACCCAAAGCAGAAGAUUCGGUUUGCUCAGCAGAAACUAAGGGGAGACAACCCAUGCUACAUUACCAGAGAAGAGCUGCGACUCGGUCACUCCCGGAACAUAGCUAUCAAGAGUAUGGAGGAGGUUGUCCUGGGCAACAAGAAGGAGCAUGUCCGUGCUAAGCUGCCAAGAAUGGGUCUUUCUGUAGAAGAACAGGUGGCUGCUCUCAUAGACCAAGCAACUGACCCUAAUCUGCUGGGGAGGGUGUGGGCGGGAUGGGAAGCCUGGAUGUGAUCAGGGGCUAAAUUCUGCUGGGGAAGAUGGGAAGACGGAUGUGAUCAGGGGCUAAAUUCUGCUGAGGAGGAUGGGAAGAUGGAUGUGAUCAGGGGCUAAAUUCUGCUGGGGAGGAUGGGAAGAAAGAUGUGAUCAGGGGCUAAAUUCUGCUGGGGAGGAUGGGAAGACGGAUGUGAUCAGGGGCUAAAUUCUGCUGGGGAGGAUGGGAAGACGGAUGUGAUCAGGGGCUAAAUUCUGCUGGGGAGGAUGGGAAGCCUGGAUGUGAUCAGGGGCUAAAUUCUGCUGGGGAGGAUGGGAAGCCUGGAUGUGAUCAGGGGCUAAAUUCUGCUGGGGAGGAUGGGAAGCCUGGAUGUGAUCAGGGGCUAAAUUCUGCUGGGGAGGAUGGGAAGCCUGGAUGUGAUCAGGGGCUAAAUUCUGCUGGGGAG